AUGCUGAUCAGAGAACCGACAAGAGUCCACAGGGAUGAGAAGUCCUCUGGAUGCAACGACCAGGGGGAUGGCCUGAGGGGGGAGAAGGUUUGCCUCAGCAAAAAACGUCCGGGAAAUCACACAGACGAGAAACCCGGCGGAAACGGCAAAUGUGGUAAAAAGCUCUCCCCAGAAACAAGCCUCUCCAUACCCGAGGCCAUUCUGGCUGGAGAGAAGCCUUAUAAGUGUUCAGACUGUGAGAAAAUCUUCUCCCACAAGUCACGUCUCAUUGAACACCACAGAUCCCACACAGGAGAGAAACCCUACGGCUGCGAAGAAUGUGGGAAAUCUUUCUCCCGGAAGUCAUGCCUCAUUAUCCACUACAGAAUCCACACAGGAGAGAAGCCCUAUGGCUGCAGCCAGUGUGGGAAAGCCUUCUUCCAGAAGUCACACCUCAUCCUUCACCAGAGGACUCACACCGGAGAGAAACCCUACGAGUGCAGCGAAUGUGGGAAGGCUUUCUCCCAAAACUCCUGCCUCAUCAUACACAAGAGAACCCAUAUGGGCAAGAAGCCCUAUGAAUGCUCUGACUGUGGGAAAACGUUCUCCCAGAAGGCGAACCUCAUCAGACACCACAGAAUUCACACCAGGGAGAAACUGUACGGCUAA